UUUUCCGUCCACAACUCAAAACCCUAAACACCGUCUCUCUCUUUCUUUCCCAACCAAGCCAGCGGUCGGUUACACAGUCACCUACUUUCUUCAAACUGCACGUUGGAUCUUGCAAAAAGUCAAAAGUGUUCUUUUAUGUCCGAGCAGGCUAUUCUCUACUUAGGGUGGAUUGGGUUGUUGGGUGAGUAUUGUCCUAUAUCUAGGAAAAAGACCCCUUUCUUGUCGGAAACAGUUGGCUGUAUGCAUCGAGCGCCAUUCCAGGACCAUAGAGAUUUUAUCGGUUGCUAUUGGGUGCAACCUCUAGUCGCUGCAUUUGACUGUUUUUCUAAAGACAGCUACACCCCUAUAACUUCCUUGCUGUAAUACCAAAGAUACUGUUGAGUUUUUCUAUACAGAAACUGAAAAUGGCGUUGCAGAACAUUGGUGCUGGCAACAGUGAUGAUGCCUUCUAUAGGUAUAAAAUGCCCAAGAUGAUAACAAAGAUUGAGGGCCGUGGAAAUGGCAUCAAGACAAAUAUUGUCAAUAUGGUUGAUGUUGCUAAGGCUUUGGCAAGACCCCCUUCUUACACAACCAAAUAUUUUGGAUGUGAGCUCGGAGCCCAAUCCAAGUUUGAUGAAAAAACCGGUGUGUCCCUUGUGAAUGGGGCCCAUGACACAGCAAAACUUGCAGGGCUUCUAGAGAACUUCAUCAAGAAAUAUGUUCAGUGUUAUGGUUGUGGCAAUCCGGAGACCGAGGUGUUAAUCACGAAAACGCAAAUGGUCCAACUGAAAUGUGCUGCAUGUGGUUUUAUUUCUGAUGUGGACAUGAGGGACAAACUCACGUCAUUCAUUCUGAAGAAUCCUCCGGAACAGAAGAAGAACUCGAAAGAUAAAAAGGCCAUGAGAAGGGCUGAAAAGGAGCGGUUAAAGGAAGGCGAGGCGGCUGAUGAAGAACUGAAGAAGCUGAAGAAGGAGAUUAAAAAGAAGGGGGUUUCUUCUUCCACUUCCAAAGAUGUGCACCCGGUGAAAUCCACAUCUUCAAAAAAGAAGCCCAGUGGUUCUGAUGAGGAUCGGGCUUCGCCAACGCUAAGCCAGACUGGUGACAAGGAGGAUGCCAAUGAAGAAGAUGACGAUGACGUUCAAUGGCAGACCGACACGUCAGCAGAAGCGGCACGGCUACGCGUCCAAGAGCAGCUUAGUGCUGUAACGGCUGAGAUGGUGAUGCUAGCCACGGAGGAGCCAGUGAAAGCAGCAACUACUAAAGCUGUGAAUGGCAAGACGACCCAUGAGACACUUGUUGGUAAGGCUAAAGAAAACCUCAAAAAUGGAAUCGCUCCAAAAGAACUAAUGUCAUCGCUUACUGGGUCCCGCCAGGAAAUAAUGACGGCUCUCUAUGAAGCUUUAUUUGAUGAGGUGGAAAAGGGGUUUGCAAAACAGGUUGUUAAGAAAAAGAAGUAUCUGGUGGCUGCUGUUUCGGAUGGUGAGGAUUCACAAAUGCUUCUUCUUCGGGCAAUGGAGGAAUUCUGUGGGAAGUCAAACCCGAUUGCAGUGAAGGAAGUGCCACUUGUUCUGAAGGCGCUCUAUGAUUUGGAUGUGUUGGAAGAAGAACACGUGGUUAAGUGGUACGAAGAGGGUCUGAAUGGAGGGAAUAAGAGCUCUUUGAUCUGGAAGAAUGCAAAGCCUUUUGUGGAGUGGCUUCAGAGUGCCGAGUCUGAGACAGAGGAGGAAUGACUGAAUGGACGAGUCGUUUUGGUAUUUGGCUGAAUAAUUGGUAUGAACUGGUUUUGAGGGUGAGUUUUGAGUUGAGAGUUGUUUUGUUUUACGAUGUUUUUGGAUUGUUGAUGUGUACCGCUUCUGGUUUGAUGAUCUUGUUUGUCAACCUGGUAUUGUGUCGAUAAGUCCAGUCGCAAUCUGGUCUUCUUUUUUCUAUGUUUUGAGACAUGCUAAUAGCAACGCUCAUCUCCUUGAAAGUUUUGGUGAUCAAAUUCAGGGUUGUUUGUUUGUUU